CUCUCUCUCUCUGUUUUCUGCUUGGCUGUAGCGCACCCAUAGCCUUUUGUCUUCUUCCUCCUCUUUUUUUAUUGUUUUUUCCUUUACUCCAAAGAACUCUUUUUUCUUCUUCUACUUCUUCAUACAAGGGCUUAAAAAGGCCUUUUUCCUCUCUUUUUCUUCUUUUCGGGAGGGUUGUUGAGCUAGAACAGACACACACUUCUUGAGCUCUCGAGUAGUCGAAACAGUGGCAAUCAUCAUCGGAGUUCGAAUUGUGAAGUUUGUUUAGCCAGAUGCGUACUGGAAAAUGGGAGAAAAUCGUGUUGCUUCUUAUUUUUCUGUUCUCAAGUGCAUCAGGUGCAUUUAUUGGGAUUAAUAUUGGCACUCAGAUGUCCAGCUUGCCAUCGGCAGCAGAAAUUGUGUCGAUUCUGAAAACUCAGCAGAUUAAACACGUACGCUUGUUUGAUGCUGACCACCAAAUGCUGAAUGCUCUCUCAAACACUGGAAUAGAGGUCACGGUUGGGGUCCCCAAUGACCAGCUGCUACGAAUAGGAGAGUCUAGAUCAGAAGCAGCUAACUGGAUAAACAAAAAUGUAGCUGCAUUUGUUCCUGCGACUAACAUCACUUGUAUCGCUGUUGGCAAUGAGGUCCUCACAACCAUCCCAAAUGCUGCUUUAGUUCUUGUUCCGGCUAUGCAAUUCCUCCAAUCUGCUCUCGUGGCAGCAAACCUUAACUUUCAGGUCAAAGUUUCGAGCCCACAGUCGAUGGACAUGAUUCCCAAACACUUUCCUCCAUCGACAGCCACCUUCAACUUAUCGUGGAACUCCGUGAUGUAUCAGUAUCUUCAGUUCUUGAAGAAUACAGGAUCUUCUUUCAUGCUAAAUGCACAGCCUUAUUAUGCUUACGCCAAGGGACAGGGCAUUUUCCCUCUAGAGUAUGCUCUUUUCCGGCCGCUAGAUCCGAACAAUCAGAUUGUGGACCCCAAUACAAAUUUCCAGUACACAAACAUGUUUGACGCGAUGAUUGAUGCUGCUUAUUACUCCAUGCAAUCACUCAAUUUUUCUAAUAUUCCGGUGACCGUGAUGGCCUCGGGGUGGCCAUCGCUAGGUGGAGCCAGCGAGCCAGAAGCCAAUAUUGACAAUGCAUUGGCCUACAACAGCAAUCUUAUCCGCCAUGUGCUAAAUGGUUCUGGCACACCAAGCCAGCCAACCACAUCCGUUAGCGCAUAUGUCCAUGAGCUGUUCAACGAGGAUGUCCGACCUGGCCCUGUUUCUGAGAAGAACUGGGGGAUAUUUGCUUCCAAUGGGACUGCUGUGUACUCUCUGAAAUUUGGGCAUCUAGCCGAGUCUAGUGCAGAGUCGACAGGUUUGGUCGGAGUUUUCUGUGUCGCAAACUCUAGUGCAGACUCCAAUGCGCUGAAGAAAGGGUUGGAUUGGGCUUGUGGACCUGGUUCGGCAAACUGCACAGCCAUCCAGCAAGGGCAACCGUGCUAUGAAGCCGACAAUCUCGUAGCUAUUGCCUCCUACGCAUACAAUGACUACUACCACCGAACUCAAGCGAGUGGCGGUAGCUGCAACUUUGGUAACACAGCCAUGAUUACCACGACCGAUCCCAGCCAUGGCUCAUGUAUCUUUGCUGGAAGCUCAGGGUCAAGCACCAGCUCGACCGAGGGUACGACACCCAGCGCCUUUGGACCGGUAGGCGCGCUUAGCGGGACUUCGAGACUGCAGUUUGUCUCCUCUGAGUUUCUAAUCGCGUUCCUGUUAACCUUUCUUGUUUGACAUGUAAAAUUACAUCGAAUUAUCGCUUCAGUUUUGCCAAGAAACUGAAAGAAUGUUGUCAUUGCAACAGCCAACAGAUGGUGAGUUUUUAGAGUCCAUUCGUCCAUCCGUAACCCCAAUUGGUCCUUCUACUCAUGGUAUAAAUUUUUUAGAGGUCUGGAUUCUUCUUUUUCCACUUGCUGUCUUGUUGAUCUUGGACUCGCGAUCAAGAUAGGCUAUGCACUUUCAGAGUAAAUGCGAGACUUCUGCAACCUAAAUAUUUCAUGGUUAUUGAUUGCUGAAACAUGAGAAACUUAGACA